CUCGGCCCGGACUGCGGCUUUUAUAGCUCCGCCCUCGGGGCCUAGCACUGGUCGUCCCGCCUCGGUCUGGGUCUCAGUCUGCUCCGCGAUGCCGUCGUGCUUCCACGCCGUCUAUCUUUCCUCCCGUUCCCUAUCGCGAUGGUGAUGCGGCUGUUUAGAAUGCGAUUGAGACGCUGGAUGGGAAGGGUGAUCUUCCUGGUCGUGGUGAUCACGACUCUGCUCUUUCUCCUCGUAUGCGUGGCAACGAACGAUGAUCCCAGGCAGGGACGUUUCGUCCAGGACUCGAAAUUUCCCGCCCGGUCCGUCAAGUCCCAGGACCUCAACGAUGUGAUCGCGAUGGACCAUGUUAAUAAUCAUCUUGUGACGACGGACAAAGAGAGGACACCCACGGUGGCCUUCCCGCCGAUUUUGAAGGACGUUUUCAUCAGUGUUAAAACCACGGCCGGGUUUCAUCGCACUCGACUCGAUGUCGUCUUGAAGACUUGGUUCACCAUGGCCAAAGACCAGACUUGGAUAUUUACGGACGUGGAUGAUCCCUACUACCAGGAGAAGACAGGGAAUCACAUGGUGAACACGAACUGUUCUUCGUCGCACAGUCGGAAGGCUCUCAAUUGCAAGAUGUCCGUGGAGUUCGACACCUACCUCCGCUCCGACAAAAAGUGGUUCUGUCACUUUGACGACGACAAUUACGUGAACAUUCCUCGCCUGGGGGAAGUGCUGGAGUUGUACGACUCAGGGAAGGACUGGUACCUUGGGAAAACCAGCAUCAAGACCCCCCUCGAGUUCGUCAGCAAAAACAACGGAAAGGACGUAUCUUUCUGGUUUGCGACCGGAGGAGCCGGUUUUUGCCUCAGCCGCUCUCUUGCCCUCAAGAUGGUCCCACAUGCCAGCGGAGGGAGGUUCAUCAGGAUCGGGGAGAAGAUCCGGCUCCCUGAUGACGUCACCAUGGGAUACAUCAUCGAGCACCUGUUGGGGAAGAACCUGACUGUGAUAGAGGGAUUCCACUCGCACCUGGAACCCAUGCAGUUCCUCAACCCUGAUUCCUUCCACGAACAGAUCACGUUUGGAUAUAACGUGAACGGGACGGCAAGGAACGUGUUGAGGAUCGACGGCUUCUCCACCCUAGAAGAUCCCACGAGAUUCCUUUCCCUGCACUGCUUCCUCUUCCCCGAGUUCGCCCCCUGCCCCAGGUGACAGGAGGGUAGUGUCAUCCUCCACGGUCCUCUUCACUAGUCACUUGAACACGAAGAGAGAGAAUGAAGAAAUUACAUGGGGGCGAGCUCAGAGCAGGGCUUUCUUGCAAUCUGUUCUCUUGUCCUAAGCUGCUGUGAUAAUUAUGUUUUCGACAGGGAACGACUUCUUUUCUGACCAUCUGCUUGUUAUUCGUGCUCAUUCAGGACGAUGCAUUCAUCUUUCAUGACUCUUUGGGAAAGACAAUGAAACAAAGACGAUAUAUUCACCCCUUUA